AUGCCGCGCUCCUUCCUGGUGGACUCGCUGGUGCUGCGCGAGGCAGGCGAGAAGAAGGCCCCCGAGGGCAGCCCGCCGCCGCUCUUUCCCUACGCCGUGCCCCCGCCGCACGCACUGCACGGCCUCUCGCCCGGCGCCUGCCACGCGCGCAAGGCCGGGCUGCUGUGCGUGUGCCCGCUUUGCGUCACCGCCUCGCAGCUGCACGGGCCCCCCGGGCCGCCCGCGCUGCCUCUGCUCAAGGCAUCCUUCCCGCCCUUCGGCUCGCAGUACUGCCACGCGCCCCUAGGCCGCCAGCACUCGGCCGUGUCGCCCGGGGUCGCUCACGGCCCCGCUGCCGCCGCUGCCGCCGCCGCGCUCUACCAGACUUCCUAUCCGCUGCCCGACCCCAGGCAGUUCCACUGCAUCUCCGUGGACAGCAGCUCCAACCAGCUGCCCAGCAGCAAGAGGAUGCGCACCGCGUUCACCAGCACGCAGCUGCUAGAGCUGGAGCGCGAGUUCGCCUCUAACAUGUAUCUGUCCCGCCUACGCCGCAUCGAGAUCGCCACCUACCUGAAUCUGUCCGAGAAGCAGGUGAAGAUCUGGUUCCAGAACCGCCGGGUGAAGCACAAGAAGGAGGGCAAAGGCAGCAACCACCGGGGCGGCGGGAGCGCGGGCGCCGGCAGUGGCGCACCACAAAGCUGCAAAUGCGCGUCGCUCUCCUCAGCCAAGUGCUCCGAGGAUGACGACGAAUUGCCCUUGUCUCCGUCUUCUUCGGGGAAAGACGACCGGGAUCUCACGGUCACUCCCUAG